UCGGUUUUAUCGAAACGAAAUACAAUUAUCGGGAAGAAGGGGAGAGUUGAGAGAUCUGUUCCACCAAAACUAUCUUACAAUGGAACACCUAAAGCACACUCUUCUGAUUCUCUUUGCUAUUCAUCUUUUCUUUUCCUUUGCUCAAGCUACUCAUUUCAAGUACUGUGAUAAGAAAGAUAGCUAUGCUAUAAAGGUCCAAGGAGUUGACAUUUCUCCUGAUCCUGUGCUGCCUGGAAAACCAGCCACCUUUAAUAUCUCAGCUUCUACUAGUCAAUCCGUCGCUGGUGGGAAGGUAGAGAUUGCCGUUUCUUUCUUUUCAGUUCAUGUGCAUUCUGAAACCCGUGAUCUUUGCGAGGACAUACCAUGUCCAAUUGCAGCCGGUAGCUUUGUUCUGUCCCACUCCCAAACUUUACCUGUAUUUACUCCGCCGGGCUCUUACACACUUAAGAUGACAAUGAUUGAUGGCAAUGGUCAGGAAUUGAGCUGCAUUAGUUUCAAUUUUAAAAUUCAUUUCGGAACUCUCAUCUCCGACGUCUGAGUUUUAGUGCAAUACUGUGUUCAAGGUUGUAAGCUAUUUAAUGCCAGAUCAAAUCUUCUAUUUCUUACUUUCUUUUGCUUCUCUCUUUCCCCCUGGACAAGGGAAUGUAUUAUGUAUUAUGUAUCAUGUAUGUAUGGUUUAAAUUGAAUUAUUAAAGUGAAUGUGAAUGUCUUGUGGCAUUUGUGUAAUAUGCCUUUUUUUUGGUAA